CUUUCUUUCUAAAGCACAUAAUAAUAAACCCCUUCUCAAACUUCAUCAUCAUAUCAUAACUUAAUAUAUAUACUUUUUAGAGUUCAUAAGCAAUCAAGAUCUGUAUUCAGCUUUUCAGUGACGUUCAAUAAAGAUUGCAUCUCGAGACUCUCUCCUUAUUUAAAGAAGAUACAGUUUUGAUACUUUGCACCAUGUCUGGCUCUGCAAAAGCUCUGGAACCAGCAUUCCAAGGAGUCGGUCAGAGAGUAGGAACUGAAAUAUGGAGAAUUGAAAACUUUCAGCCAGUUCCUUUGCCUAAAUCGAAUUAUGGUAAAUUUUACUCUGGUGACUCAUACAUCGUAUUGCAGACUACCUCUGGUAAGGGAGGUGCAUAUUUCUACGACAUACAUUUUUGGUUGGGAAAAGAUACUAGCCAGGAUGAAGCUGGUACAGCAGCAAUAAAAACAGUUGAGCUUGAUGCAAUUCUUGGUGGGCGUGCAGUCCAGUAUAGGGAACCUCAGGGUCAUGAAUCUGAUAAAUUUUUGUCAUACUUUAAACCAUGUAUUAUACCACUUGAAGGAGGUGUUGCAUCUGGAUUUAAGGAAACUGAAGAAGAGGAGUUUCAAAUACGGCUUUAUUCAUGCAAGGGAAAACGAGUUGUCAGAUUAAAGCAGGUCCCAUUUUCUCGAUCCACAUUGAAUCAUGAUGAUGUAUUUAUCUUGGACACUAAAGAUAAGAUCUUUCAAUUCAACGGGGCAAACUCGAACAUUCAAGAAAGGGCUAAAGCAUUAGAAGUUAUUCAGUUUUUAAAGGAAAAAUACCAUGACGGGACGUGUGAUGUUGCAAUUGUUGAUGAUGGGAAACUACAAGCAGAAGGUGACUCUGGUGAAUUCUGGGUCAUAUUUGGUGGUUUUGCUCCCAUUGGCAAAAAGGUGGCCAGUGAAGAUGAUAUAAUUGUAGAAAAGACUCCUCCAAAACUCUAUUGCAUUGCUGAAGGCCAGGUGAAGGAUGUAGACGGUGAACUUUCAAAAUCCUUACUGGAAAAUAACAAAUGCUAUCUAUUGGACUGUGGUGCAGAGGUGUUUGUUUGGGUUGGACGAGUAACACAAGUGGAGGAACGAAAAGCUGCAAUGCAAGCUGCUGAUGAAUUCAUCGUCAGCCAAAAUCGCCCCAAGUCAACUCGUGUAACUCGGGUUAUUCAAGGUUAUGAAACACAUUCAUUUAAGUCAAACUUUGACUCUUGGCCAUCAGGUUCAGCGCCUUCUGCUCCUGAGGAGGGUAGAGGAAAAGUAGCAGCUCUGUUGAAGCAACAAGGUGUUGGCCUCAAAGGUCUUGCAAAAAGUGCUACAUCAACUGAGGAGGUUCCACCCUUGCUUGAAGAAAAUGGCAAAAUCGAGGUAUGGCGGAUUAAUGGCAGUGCUAAAACGCCAGUACCCAGGGAGGACAUUGGUAAAUUUUACAGUGGAGAUUGCUACAUUGUCCUUUACACCUACCAUUCUAAUGAAAAAAAAGAAGAUUACUACCUCUGUUGUUGGAUUGGCAAAGAUAGCAUUCAGGAGGACCAAAAUAUGGCUGCUCGGCUGGCUACAACAAUGUUCAACUCACUGAAAGGAAGACCAGUUCAAGGUCGUGUGUAUCAAGGAAAAGAACCACCACAAUUUGUUGCCAUCUUUCAGCCUAUGGUUGUGUUGAAGGGUGGAUUGAGCUCUGGUUACAAAAACUGCAUUGCAGACAAAGGAUUGAAUGAUGAAACCUAUAGUUCAGAUGGUGUAGCCCUCAUUCAGAUAUCGAAAACUUCGGUGCAUAACAAUAAAGCCAUUCAAGUAGAGGCGGUGGCUACCUCAUUAAAUUCCUAUGAUUGCUUUCUUCUUCAAUCUGGUUCAUCAUUAUUCACCUGGCAUGGAAACCAAAGUACUGUUGAGCAGCACAACAUAGCUGCCAAAAUUGCUGAAUUUAUGAAGCCUGGUGCCAACGUGAAGUUUGCUAAAGAGGGAACAGAGAACUCUACUUUCUGGUUUGCACUUGGAGGGAAACAAAGUUACACCAGUAAAAAUGUAUCACAAGAAAGUGUCAGAGAUCCUCACUUAUUUGCAUACUCAUUCAAUAAAGGAAAGUUUGAGAUCGAGGAAAUCUACAAUUUUUCACAAGAUGAUUUGUUGACGGAGGAUAUCUUAAUAUUAGAUACACAUGCUGAAGUGUUUGUUUGGGUUGGUCAAUCGGUGGACUCCAAGGAAAAGCAAAGUGCCUUUGAAGUUGGACAGAAAUAUGUAGAGCUGGCUGCAUCUUUAGAUGGACUAUCCCCAUGUGUUCCUUUAUACAGAGUUACAGAAGGAAAUGAACCUAGCUUCUUCACAACAUUUUUCUCAUGGGAUUCUGCAAAAGCUAAUGCUCAAGGGAACUCUUUCCAGAAGAAGAUUUUGUUAAUGUUUGGCUUCGGUGGAGGCCAUGCUGCAGAGAGUCAAGAUAAGUCGAACGGAAACCAGGGUGGGCCCACUCAGAGAGCUUCAGCCUUGGCAGCCUUGAAUUCUGCUUUCAAAUCAUCUCCAACCUCUGCUAAAUCUUCAGCAUCUCCAAAGGUACCGAGCCGGGGAUCUCAAAGAGCAGCUGCAGUUGCUGCUUUAUCUUCAGUUCUCACUGCUGAGAAAAAGGGAUCAUCCGAUGCUUCUCCUGUACGACCUGUUAGAAGCCCACCAUCUGAAGGUGGCUCACCUGGUGUAGCAAAAAGUGAAGAACCUUCUGAUGGUUUGGAGAGUAACGAAGGUUCAGAAGUUACCACCGACCCUUCUGAGCCAAUACAAGAAACAAAUGGAGAAGGUUCAGCACCACCCAAGUCAACUACAGAUGAAAACGAAUGUGCUAGUGUCGAUAGUCAGAGCACUUUCAGUUAUGAACAACUUAGGGCUAAGUCGGAGAACCCAGUUACAGGAAUCGACUUUAAGAGAAGAGAGGCGUAUCUAUCUGCUGAAGAAUUCGAGACAGUGCUCGGGAUGACAAAAGAGGCAUUCUACAAAUUACCAAAGUGGAAGCAAGACAUGAUGAAGAAGAAAGUUGAUUUGUUCUAGGAAUUGAAAUGUGGGCAAGAUAAGAUUUAUUCUUUUGAUUCUUAGUUUUUUCAUUGUGUUUGUGCUUUGAUGAUUAUAGGAGUUAGUAUGGGUUGUUUAUUAAUGCCCUCUGAGUAAAGAGUGAUUUUUUUGCCUCUCUUUUGCUGCAUCUGUCAUGUUUAAGCUGCGUCCAAUUGUUGCUUUGGGAUCGAAUUCUCUGGUAUGUAUCUGAGUUUGAGUUUGUUUGUGGUAUUUAUAUUGUUUAAAAAGACUGUAAAUGGUGAUGUAUUUGUAUUUGAGUACUCAGAUAUUAAGGGUUAAAAGAGAGAUUCUUGCUUGGUA